AAAAACUAUGGAAAAGUAAUAUUUUAUAUAUAUUUCCUUAGAGAAGCCUUGGAAAUUACGUUCAAGUACUUUUGCUAUAAAUACACUUAUAUUAACAUGAUAGUUCUCCUAUUAACACUUUAUUAAUUUUAAGGUGCUCCUUUGGCACUCUCACUCUUUUGUAUGAUAUUGAAUGAACUAGUUAUCUGGGUUAAAUAUUCGAAUGGAUAAGUGGUAGACAAGUUUGAUCACAUUCUCCACGUCUUAUUUUAUGUAAGUCUCUGAUGUCAAUUUAGAUGUAUGUCACGCUUAUGUAUUAUUUAGAUCUGAACUCCUACAUUUUCAGCAAUAUAUUCAUAAUCUUGUCGUUCAUUCUAAAAAUAGCAUGUGACAAGAAAUAUAAUGAGUAGCAGGAUUAUUCAACCAUUAUACGAUUGGUAUUUUUAUUUUAUAUUUAGAGUAUAAUUUUCUAUCGAUUUUCACUAUUAAUAGCUAUGCUUUGUAUCACUUUAAAAGUCAACAAUUAUGUAGAUUGGACAUGGUCAUAAACUUUUUGGUGGUAUUGGAUGUUUUUGAGUGGAUUAAUUGGAACAACAAUAACUUUUUUUUUGAUAUUAAUCUCUAAACUAAUUAGGUUUAAAUGCAGCACAAGAAUAAACCAAACAAAAAAUGAAAGUACUACAUUCACACUCUAAAUUAGUUAAAUUAUUAAUAUGGCUAUUGUAUAUUGCAACUUUAAGCAGUGUAAUAGCAGGAAUUUGGAUAGUAAAUACAUUAAAUGAACUUGGAAUUGAUUUCAAUAUAAAAAUAGGAGACGUUUUUAUCUACAUCAUUAUACCUUUGAAUAUUCUCAUAUUUUACACAAUCUCAUAUUCAUUUUUCAAUUCAGUGGUUGAAUAUGUUUUAACAAUAAAUUAAAUUGAAACUACAAAUUCAAAUCCAAAAAUACAUUCAUAAAAUAAAGAGAAAUAAAAUAAGAAGGAGUUAAUUAAGUCAUCAAUUUUCAUGUAAAAACUAUCAAACGCUUACUUUAGAAAAAUAACAACCUUGGAAAUUUCAAAGCUCAAAGAUGCAAGUUAAAAUGAAAUACUAACUGAGAGAAAUAUGAAUAAAAAUAUUAUUAAAAAAAAUAAACCCUUUCAUUGUAAUUCUAAUAACAAAUGUAUUAUCUGUUGUGAAAAAGUUUCGAAUGCAGUAUUUAUGAAUUGUGGCCACGGGGGAAUUUGUUAUUAAUGUGCAAUUCAAGUAGCAUAAAAUUAAAAGGAAUGCUUUCUUUGUAGAUAGAUAAUUUUGUAGAUUUAUGAAAUUGAUGAAAAAGAUGUUAGUAUAUUCAAAAGAGUGAUCUCAAAAACUAGAAUUUCCAAUUGA